UGUGUCUUGAUCCCCCUGGAAGACUAAAAGAAUUUGGCUUUCCUGAAAAAAGUAAACUUACGGAAGCAUCUAUCUCUAUCACGCACUUCAAAAAUCAUCUCAAAGCUGAAGUGAAGAAAAAAGCCAAGUUAUUGCAAAACAGCAGAAUUUAAUUCUAUAAGAUGGCUCGUACCAAGCAAACUGCUCGUAAGUCUACAGGAGGAAAGGCUCCAAGGAAGCAACUUGCUACCAAGGCUGCUCGUAAGUCUGCUCCUACCACUGGUGGUGUGAAGAAGCCACAUAGAUACCGCCCUGGUACUGUUGCUCUUCGUGAAAUCCGUAAGUACCAGAAGAGUACUGAGCUCUUGAUCAGGAAGCUUCCGUUCCAGAGGCUUGUUCGUGAAAUUGCCCAGGACUUUAAGACUGAUCUGCGUUUCCAGAGUCAUGCGGUGCUGGCUCUGCAGGAAGCUGCUGAGGCCUAUUUGGUGGGUCUCUUUGAGGACACUAACCUUUGUGCCAUUCACGCCAAGCGUGUGACAAUUAUGCCUAAGGACAUUCAGCUUGCUAGACGAAUCAGGGGCGAGCGUGCUUAAUUUGAUCUACUAGCUAGUAGCAUUGUUGGUCCUUGUCUUUCUUUUCUUUGUAAGACGUAAAGACAGUAACUAAAUCUAGUAGUAGGGCUUGUUGCUUUGAAUUUGUUGGUGGCUGGCGGUGUGCUGUAAUUUGUUGGUGUUUUGUUUUGGAGAAGGGAAAAACAUGAUAUUUUGUUUGGAUCUCUAAUGUUUUGUUGUCACACCACUGGUGUCGAACAUUGGUCAGCGUUUUCUUCUAAUGGUUAGUUCAAGUGAUUGUGAUAAUAUAUUAUA